GCCCUCCAGCUUGGCUGAAACACAAGAGAUUCACACACACAUACAGACAAACGCGCGCGCCCGCGCGCGCACGAAAGAGCACGCCCAGCUGGCCGUCUACUCCACGGGGCAAUCUUCUUUAGAGAAAGCUGCAAAUGACUUCGGAUUCUCCGGACAAGGCAGCCGUUCUCCUCCACCCGUUCUCUGCAGGGAGUGACCGAAAGACAGCCGUCCGGAGAAACCCGAACCGCCCAACGCCUCUUCCAAGUCUCCGGCGCCCGGGUGGUCUCUCUCGCCAGCCCGCUCGAUCAUGGAGCUCAACAACUCAUCUUCGGCCUACAACGGUUUACAAGACGACCAUGACCUCAAGUUCCUGCUACGGGGAAGUCACCUCUUGAAAGUCAAGUCCACGUCCUGGAGGAGAGAGAGAUUUUACAAGCUACAGGAAGAUUGUAAGACCAUAUGGCAGGAAUCCAAGAAAAUGCUUCGAUCCCCGGAGUCACAGCUUUUCUCCAUUGAAGAAAUCCAGGAUAUCAGAUCAGGUCAUAAGACCGAAGGAAUGGAAAAAUAUGCUAAGGAUGUCCCUGAAGUUCGUUGCUUCUCAAUCAUCUUCAAAGAUCAAAAGAAAAACUUGGAUCUCAUUGCUGGCUCUGAAAGAGAUGCAAAUCACUGGGUGUCCGGCCUGGGAAAAAUCAUUGCAAAAAGCAAUUCAAUGAGCCAGAGGCAAAAAUUACAACACUGGAUUCAUGCUUGCCUGCGGAAAGCAGAUAAAAACAAAGAUAACAAAAUGAGUUUUAAAGAACUCAAAAGUUUCAUGAAGGAAGUCAACAUUCAGAUGGAUGACAGCUAUGCCAGGCAGAUCUUUGAGCAGUGUGACAAAUCCCAGACCAACACCUUGGAAGACGACGAGAUAGAGGUGUUCUACAAGAUAUUGACGGAACGCCAGGAGAUUGACAGCAUCUUCUCGGAUCAGGCGGAGGAGAAGUCGGUCAUGUCCCUGGACCAGCUGGUGAGAUUCCUGCAAGAGGAACAGUGUGAGGAGGAUGCUGGCCCUGAAUUGGCCCUCUCUCUCAUUGAGCAGUAUGAACCCAACGAAACAGUUAAAAGGCAAAAAGCCAUGAGCAAAGAUGGCUUCCAGAUGUAUUUGCUUUCUGUCGAUGGGAACAUUUUCAAUAAAACUCAUGGCCAAGUGUAUCAGGAUAUGACCCAACCCCUCAGCCAUUAUUAUAUAUCUUCUUCGCAUAAUACCUACCUCAUGGAGGAUCAGCUAACAGGACCCAGCAGUACCGAAGCUUACAUCAGAGCUUUGAUGAAAGGUUGCCGAUGUGUAGAACUCGAUUGUUGGGAUGGCCCAAAUUCAGAGCCGGUCAUUUACCACGGUUACACAUUUACGUCCAAGAUCCUCUUCAGCGAUGCCAUUAAAGCUAUCAAGAAUUAUGCUUUCAAAGUCUCUCCGUAUCCUGUCAUUAUAUCUCUGGAGAAUCACUGCAGUCUUGACCAACAGGAGAUUAUGGCACGCCACCUCCACUCCAUUUUGCAGGACAUGUUGCUGGUGGCACCAAUUGAUUCCAAAGCAACCAUCUUACCUUCCCCAGAGCAAUUAAAAGGGAAAAUUCUUGUGAAAGGGAAGAAGUUAACUCCAGAAACGGAAGAAGUUUCAGAUGAAGAUGAAGCAGCUGAAAUGGAAGACGAGACUGUGAAAAGUGAGGUAGAAAAGAAGAAACUGAGCGACAAGCUAAAGCUUGCAAAGGAGCUGUCAGAUACGGUAAUCUACUGUAAAAGUGUCCAAUUUCAAGGAUUCGCUGACCCUCAGCCUCACGAUGAAAUGUCUUCUUUCAGUGAAGGGAGACUCCUUAAACUGGCUCAGGAGUCAGGAAUCGACCUAAUCCAUCAUAAUGUCCAUCACCUAAGCAGGAUCUAUCCAGCAGGUUGGAGGACCGACUCAUCCAACUAUAAUCCUGUUGAGAUGUGGAACAUGGGUUGCCAGAUAGUUGCCUUGAAUUUCCAGUCCAGGUCCUCCGAAAUGGAUAUCCAUCAAGGCCGAUUCCAAGAAAAUGGAGGCUGUGGCUAUGUCCUAAAGCCAGAAUUUCUUCGGGAUGAGCAGUCCAAAUUCAACCCCAGAUCCAUCACGGAGGGGCCGUGGUACUGCCCUAAAAAAUUCCAGGUUAAGAUCAUCUCUGGCCAACAACUGCCAAAGGUCAACAAAAGCAAAAAUUCCAUUGUGGACCCGAGGGUGAUUGUGGAGAUCCACGGUGUUCAGAGGGACAAUGGGAAGAAGCAAACCAAAGUAAUUGAUAAUAACGGUUUUAAACCAGCCUGGGAUGAAACGUUUGAAUUUGAAAUCGACAUACCGCAACUCGCCCUGGUCCGUUUUAUGGUAGAAGAUUUUGAUGCCUCAACAAAAAAUGAUUUUAUUGGGCAAUUCACGGCCCCCUUCACAAGUCUGAAGCAAGGCUACCGCCACAUUCACCUUUUGACAAAGAAUGGAGAUCAGUACCCAUCUGCCACGCUCUUUGUGCAUGUCAAUAUUUGGGACAAUUGUUAAAAAAAUGAAAAAAAAAACUUCAGGGACUGCUCAAGGAAUCUCUUUUUUACAUUUCCAGAUAGACUUUUGGCCCCUACAGCCUGGCCAAGAAAAACUCACCCCUUCGGAGGCAGUGCGGUGGGAUAUCCAUGUCUUAAUGCCAAAUGUUGAAUAUUUACAUUGGAAAACAGCUAGAAAAUAUUAGUUUUUAAAAGUUAUGCUUUAAUUUUUAUUCCUAGUUGCUUCUCUAGGGCGAGAGAAGCAAUUUAGAACUCUCAGGAGCUUGUAGGAGUAGCAGUAAUAAAGAGCAGAUAUAUAUUUUUAGAUUUAUUUUAAUGCAAUCUGAAUUACGUAUGUACGUCCCCAAAUGUUAUGUUUUUUUGUGUGACAGUGCAAAGGUCAGUGGGAAAAACAUGUUAAAUGAAGGACAAUUGCUUUAUAAAAGGUGGGUGUCAGAAGGAAGGAAGUGUUAGGGAAAAUAUGAAGGAAAACAAAGCAUGUACAGUUAGUCCUUGACUUACAACCAUUUGUUUAGCAAUCAACAUUACAACUGCACUGAAGAAGUGAUUGAUGUCCAGUCCUCUUACUUAUGAGCACCGGAACAUCCCUACCAUCACAACAUUUGGGUGGUUGGCAAGUGGCAUGUAUUUGCAGCAAUUGCAACUUCUCAGGAUCACAAGAUCACAUUUUGGGGACCUUCUCCCUAAGUCAAUAGAAGCUUUGAUUCACUUAACAUCUGUGUUACUAACUUGACAAUUGCAGUGGUUCCCUUAACAACUGUGGCAAGAAAGCUCACUAAACAAAUGUCUUGCUUAGCAACAUAAAUUGUGAGAUCAAUUGUGGUUGUAAGUCGAGGACCAAUUGUUACAUCUGUUACCACUUACAUAAGACAUAUGAUUAAGAAGGAAGCUAUGGGGUUCAAUGACAGAAAAGUCUUCCCAUAAAUAGAAAUAUUUUGGUGGACAUGACCAGCUGAUUUUCCAUAAUACUAAUUAUGACAUUUUGGAUGGGAAAUGAAAUAUGAAAAACCCUGGGGGGGGGAAUCACACUUUAGAUGUCUUUUGAUCUUAAUUUUAGUUAUUCAUCCUUUAAUCCUGGACAUUUUCUGUGUUGCAUUCAUUAGUUGAUUUAGUCCAGCAGCUUAUGGAAAGACCCAGAAUUUGUCUAUGGAGAUUCUGUCAUCCAGGUCAUAAUUGUCCAAAGAUGCUUUUUCAAAAGGCAACUGAACAUUUUUUUUAUUUUUGCUUGAAAAUGUUUUGCUUCUCAUCCAAGAAGCUUCUUCACUUCUAUUUGCCAUUUGAAAAAGCAUGUUUGGGAUGAUCCCAAAAGUCUUUUGCAAUCCACGGCUAUCAAUUUCGAUUUUGAAGAAUGAUGUUAUUUUUUUCAAAUUUUACUUCUUCCCUUUCCACACAUACACCCAAUGGAUUUAUCUGAAAUAUUAACCAGGUCCUCUUCAGUGGAAGUAGCAAAUAUUAACACACUCCACAGAAAAACCAAGUUGUGAGUAUUUUUUGUUUUAAAUCUGAUUUUAAAAAGGAUAAACUGCAAAAUCUUUGAAAAAGAUUUAUAGAAAAUUGAACAUAUGACUUCCCACAUAAAUCCUUAAACCACUGUUUUGAAACUUGGGCACUUUAAGAUGGGUGGACUUCAGCUCCCAGAAUUCUCCAGCCAAAAAGGUCAUAAUAUUGGGUGUGACUUACUACUGUCUUGCUUAACAAUGAAAAUUCUGGUCAUAAGUUGUGGACUAUCUGGUAUUUCAAUCUAUGCAAUUGUUUUUCAACCUUGGGCACUUGAAAAAUGAAUGGACUUCAACUCCCAGAAUUCUUCAUGUCCACACAUUUCAAGCUGCCAAGAUUGAAACACUGCUCUAAUUUUCCAUCCAUCGUAUUUAUUUAUUUUUUUAAAAAAACUGUACAGCCAUGAGGGUUUUCUAGAAUAACAGAAUGCCACAUUUCCAACCAUGGUUAGAUCCUGCUCAUAUUGAAAUAGGAUUCAUCACAAAGGAACCAGGAGUAAACUGGGAUAUUUCCAGAAUUUUGAUUUGAUGCCUCAAAAUGGAUUUGAUGAUCUACCUUUCCUAUUGUUAAAAAAACAGAUACAGAAUUAUAUUCAGGGUGUGGUUAAAAAAAAAAUCAAGAGGAUGGCCAGAAUGUUUGAGGCCUGCAUUAUUGUGGCGGCCAUUUUGUUUUAGUCAGCUCCACCCUGCAGUUUUAAAUUCUGAUCAGCUUUUAAAUUCUGAUCAGCUUUAUCAGUCAAGAAAUGCAUAGUAUAAAGAUUUUACAACCCUGUGACUAGCGUAAAUUCUCCCAGACACUCUUCUGAGAUUUCACUAGCAUUGCUUACCUAUUUUUCCCCUUGAGUUUAAAUUAGCAGCAAUAAGGACUAGUAACUUGACCAAUGAGAACCCCAAUAUAGCACAUUAUGUCAUUUGCUGCAUCAGCAAAGUGGCAAUACACUUGUAGCCUGAUUUUUAUUUUAUUUUUAUAACAGCAAAAAAAUACGCUUUUUUCAAAAAAACAAUUCAUUAGCUAUAUUCUCACACUAUGUAUUUGACUUCUGACAGUUUUGUGGUUUUGGACCUGGGGUAAACAGAAAUGAUAAUGGGUUGAAUCCGGGCUUAGUUACACUAGAGUAGAAGUGAAUAGUUUACUUUAAGUAUGACGGAAUCCAGCUAGUGGAUAUUUGGUUGGUAGCCUUUUAUUGGAAAUGAACUGUAUUUUAGUUUAUACUUUGAUUUACAAUCUCAAAAUUAUUUUUGAAGUAAAAUAAAUCGUGAGAUUAUUGUCUCUGUAAAUGUUCUGUACUUGCUGCAAAUAUAUGCAGGAAUUUUUUAAGGAGAAUGUUUUAUUUCAAAUGCAAUGGAUCUAAGUAGAAGCUCAUUUUGAUUUGCAAAACCCAAUGACUUAAAAAAAAUUUUCUUCCAAAUCACAAGAUGAAUAUUUGGAUUAACAGAGUUCUUGGCAGUGAUUUGAUUACUAUCAUGUAAUGAAAUCUUUAAUAAAGAAAAUUCUUUGAACUUCUAAAAA